GUCUGCUGGUGGUGGCCGCAUCGGUAUCUGGUAGAGGAGUGGGAGUUGGUGGCUGCGGCCUUUGGGCUGGGAUGAACCGCGCUCUCGGUGGAGGCCGGGGAGCCGAGCCAGAGCCAUGGCCAGUACAGUGGUAGCAGUUGGACUGACCAUUGCUGCUGCAGGAUUUGCAGGCCGUUAUGUUUUGCAAGCCAUGAAACAUAUGGAGCCGCAAGUAAAACAAGUUUUUCAGAGUCUACCAAAAUCUGCCUUCAGUGGUGGCUAUUAUAGAGGUGGGUUUGAACCCAAAAUGACAAAACGAGAAGCAGCAUUAAUACUAGGCAUAAGCCCUACUGCCAAUAAAGGAAAAAUAAGAAAUGCUCAUCGACGAAUUAUGCUUUUAAACCACCCAGACAAGGGAGGAUCUCCUUAUAUAGCAGCCAAAAUCAAUGAAGCUAAAGAUUUACUAGAAGGUCAAGCUAAAAAAUGAAGUAAAUGUGUGAUGAAUUUUAA